AUGCACGUGUUUACAAGUAGAACAGACAAGUCAUCGUGUGGACAUGUUUUGUAUUUUAGGGAGAAAGCCAUUAUUUCGAUCAUCAAACUUCAGUUCUCUACACACAAUCAGAUGGAUAAAGCAUUUUAGUGCAGUGAAUGUUAACCAGGAAGUAUUACCUAGGACUAAGUCUGUUCUGCGGCCGGCAAGUUGGCAGUACCGUUGUAUGACUGAUCAAUCAAGCGACUGGAAAACUGUGUAUGAAGGUCCAAUCUCAAGAUCAGUCAAACUUGUAAAGUUGCUUUCCCUGACUACAGCAGCGGCGACUUUAGUUUGUUCUCCAUUGUUGGUGCUUUUUGGAAAUCAAGCAACUUCGGCCUCAGUGAAGACGAUCGCAGUGUUUUUAUUAUGUACGAUUGGUACAGGUUCAACUGCAUUACUUCAUUUUGUAACCAAAUCCUAUGUGCUCAAGAUGGACUUCAAUCCAAAGGAAAUGAUGUUCGCUGUUGAGACGUUAUCUUUACUUGCGUUUCGAAAAAGAGUGGAAUUUCCUGCUGAUGACACUUUUGUAUACCCAGACGAUAGAGCUUUUUCUACCUUUGAAGCUCAUGGACGAAAGUAUUUUAUACACAAGGAGCUUGUAGAAGCUCAACAAGUGUUGCACUUUAUUGAAAAGUGGCAGAAAGAAGAAGCCACAGAGUUUAAAAAAUCCUCGUAAAAUAUACAGUUAUUAUGUUUUUGUUAUAUUCAAUUGAAGUAGUAUGUCUUCCUCGAAUUUCAGUUUUGAAUGAUUGUCUUUAUAUCUGCGAUUUUUCUUAGUCUUAACCAGACUACAACUAUGGACAAAUGCGGGCUAUAUUGAUCUACAACAUACAAUACCUUCAGUUGAUAAAACCAAAUUAUAACGUACCUUUGUCAGGGAACUAGAGUUUUUUCUCUUAGAUGCGUGGAUCAUGUGUACUUUGAGUAGCCUUGACAAAGCUUCAGUUUACUUUCAUUGCUCAACAGUCAGUCGAUCAUGAUAUACGAGUCAACAGUCCCACUCAGUACCACCUGAUUCAAAUAAUGUUAACAAUG